CCCUUUUUUCCAAUAUCAAUUAAACUUUUUUGGUGUUCCGGCUAGUUAACGUUCAGUGGGGUAUUUUUUUAGAAUAACUGUAGCUAUUUUAUUGGUAAAUCAUAAAGUUUCUGUUACAAUAGUUAAACUCGAAAUCAUCGACUUUUAUUAAAUCACCGUUAUAAAAAAUGCUCUUUGAUAUCUUUUCAUAUGAUGAAAUGGAAAUAAUUGAUAGCCCCACAGUAAGAAUAGAAUAUGGCCCAUACGAAGCACACGGAGUCAUAAAACAUAGAAUACAAAGAUUGUACGGCUUGAUUAGAAAUUUGGUAGAUUUGGGAUUCGAACUCGACAUACGCAAGGUGGUUCUCAUUAACCGCCUCCAGAUAAUAAUGUACAAUAGAAAAAUAUUCCAAUGCAACAUAAAAAACCUGAAGUUUAAUAUGACCGCCGAAUACGACUUGGUGUGCCAAAGAAUUGUGGAUGCCGUUGUGGAGGCUUCGAAGAGAAUGCAGAUGCAAUCUGAAAAGCAGCUAAGGUCGAUCCAAUUCGUGAAUGAUCCAGAGUAUAGUAUAAAAGAAGAGGAACCGAGCAAGGCAGAGAAGGAAGGAGAAACGGAAGAAUACGAAGAUAUUCACGAGGAUGAAGUUAAUAUUAUGACAGGAGAUACCGACUUGAGCGUUUUAUUUGACUUAAGGAUGGAAACAAUGCAUACAUAAUAUGCCCAACUUCUCCAAUCGUCUUCUCUAAUCUGGGGAAAGAAAUGAUUUAUUUAUUAAAGGAUCAUCAUUUUUAGUUGUUGAUAAAGUUUAGUUUCCUGGGUAAUACUCUUAUGAAGAGUCGGUUUCUCUCAAUUUAGUAAUACAAACAUUUUUUCAAAUAAAAAUCCUUAAAUUAAUUAAGCGUUAAAUUUUCAACGCAGAGAAAUAAAACAACGAUAUAAAUGAACAAAAAACUUCAUUCA